CUAUUCCUGAUUUUUUUUAUUCUCUUAAAUUUGGGUUGGCAAAAAAAUAUGAUAUUGAUUCCUUCUAAUUUAAUUCAUCUUUUUCAACUAAAAUCAUGACAAAAGAAAGAAAUUUAUCAGAGCUAGAUAAUUAUUCUGUGAGCUCACUGUUCACUUUUUAUCUCAAGAACAGAACAAAGUUGUAGAUCUAGUUUUUAUUUUGAGUGAGUUUCGUUUUUUUAUAGUUGAUUGUUGCCAUUUUCUUAUGGUCGAUCGUUUUCCUUUUAAAUUGCUCUUGUUUUUUUUUUUUGUUUAGAUCCACCGGCAAAAUCACUGAGAACAAAAAAAAAAAAGCUUCUAAUUGUUAUUCUCUUAAUUGUUUCUAUUUUUCAUUUCUCUUCUUUCUUCUUCUUCUUCUUCUUCAUCAGCUCUUUGAUUUUUUUGAAUCUUGAUCUGUGAGGAAAGACUCUUUGAAUCUCUCUAUCUCUCCGCUCAAGACGUGAAUUUGAGGCAAACCCAUUACGAUUCUCUCCAUGUUCAAUUUGAUUGAAAGCAAAUCUCUCCCAGAGGAGUAAGGCGGGAAUCUCAAAAAUUAUGGAUUCUGAAAAUCCAAAUGCGGUCUGGGAGAAGACCACAAGGAAGAAGAAGAAGAAGAAGGAACGGGAAAGAAGAGACGGAAUUGAGAUCGAGAAGAAGCGGCGGUGAGAAAUCGGGAUCAGAGAAUCUGAUCGGAUCUGAUGUUGGGUUUGGGAUUGUAUCUGUCAGGAGGAGGAAUUAGGGUUUUUUCGGAUUCGGUUUCUCUAGUCACUACUGUUGUGGUGGGGCUGCAGCACUACCAAGUUGGAGGAUGCAGCUUCACAUAUCGCCUAGCAUGAGAAGCAUCACGAUUUCGAGCAGCAAUGAGUUUAUUGACUUGAUGAAGAUCAAGGUCGCAGCUCGUCACAUCUCUUACCGAACUCUCUUCCACACCAUCUUAAUCCUCGCUUUCUUGUUGCCUUUUGUUUUCAUCCUCACCGCUGUUGUUACCCUCGAAGGUGUCAACAAGUGCUCCUCCAUUGAUGGAAAUGGUUUCAAGACAAGUACUAUGAGACUUGGAGCUGAUGCUAUUGUCUUUAGUCGCUCAACUCGUGGAGGCAAAUCUACUCAGAGCGUUGGUCUUCUGUCUUACACGUUCCUCAGAAAAACUGGUCAGGAUGAUAUCAUUGUUCCUAUGAUUGAUAUUGAUAUAUCCAAGGAGCGACCAGAACCAAUUAUCUAUGGAUCUUCAGAAGAUUGGGUUGCCAACCUUGAAAUUCUACUCAAAUGGUCUCCGUUUUCAACAGAGGCUGAACUUUGGCAGCAGUUUGAGGAUAUUGGAACACAUGGAACAAAAGUGAUUAUAUACAACUUGUGGCUUAAUGAUGAAGGUAUCUAUGAGCUGAGUUUUGACGACGAUGAUGAGGACAUCCGGCUCCGAGAUGAAGGUGUCCAUGACGGAAAACGGUUGCAUCAUAAAUUAUUAGAACUGAGAUCUCAUAUUUCAUACCACUUACGUUUUUCUCUGAGGGCUUAUGCUUCAAUGUUAUAUCUCAAAAAGUUCAACAAUUUCAAAAUUAUACUUCGGGGAAUCCCUGUGGAGCAGUUCAACAUUGCUGAUGAAUUAAGAGUAUCUGAGAUUAUAAAGCCCCAUACCGCUACAGUUGAACAAAUGGAGAAGUUUGAACGGGAUAUAAGGGAAUUAAAAUUUGCAGAACUUAUGAACAAGCACUUCGCAGCAAGUUCCAGUUGUACUCAGUAUGUACAGUUGAAGAAAAGGCCCUGAUUCUGGCUAGGCAAAAUAAGGGGCAAAAUAAGCGGCAACAUAAGGCUGUAGAGAACCUAAACCGUCCUCUCACGCAUGCACUGCUCUUGUGGCGGGAUCAACAGCUUCUCUGUUCUCUGGGAUUCACCAUAUGCCGCAAUGAGCAGUGCUUCAGCUCGACCACGAUCCUUUUUCCUCUUAAGUUGCGAACUAAGUGAUGGAAACAACUGUGCCGCAACUCGUCUACUAUCGUUCUGUAAACAAAAAUUGUAAAUUUUGUCAGCGUUUGAGGGAUUUGUUUUUAAAGUGCUUGGACAAUAGUUUUAACAAAAGUUUGACAGUAAAAGAUCAAACCACCUUUGUGCUA